AUGGCGGCAGAAGAUUCAGUUGCCAGUUCUGCGCAAGCAUUGGUAAGCUUGAAAGAAGGAUUGGGAUCCCCCCAGAGAAUAGGUCAUUAUCCUUCAAGGAUCAGAAAGAAAAAUGCCCGCUUCUUCAAUGAUGAUGAGGAGACGGAUUACCAGGUUACCAGAACCCCCAAGAGAAGAGUCAUUCAACAGCCCUCUCCUGCGCCACCAAGAGCGGCUAUUGUUCCCCCCACCACUGCCGCCGCCGCCACCACCACCACUACGGCCAUCAUUAGUGGUGGAAUGGACAAGAAAGUGGCCCAAUCGACAGGGCUGAGAUUACGAAACCUCCUAAAGUUGCCUAAAGCACACAAAUGGGUGUGCUAUGAAUGGUUUUAUUCCAACAUUGAUGCGCCCCUAUUUUUGGGUGAAAACGAUUUUUGCAUCUGCUUAAGAGAGUCGUUCCCCCAGCUGAAAUGCAAAAAAUUGCGGCGUGUUGAAUGGAACAAGAUACGCAGACUUAUGGGCAAGCCAAGAAGCAUUUUUGGCUGGACGGAGAGAGAAAAGGAUCAGAGAAAGAUCAGGCAGCUACAACAGAGAAAGGCAACAGAGUUCAACUCUAUCAAAGAUUUGCCUGAUGAAAUUCCUCUUCACUUGGUUAUUGGAACAAAAGUCACAGUUCGACUUCGGAAACCACAGGAUGGUUUGUUCACUGGUACGAUUGCUGCCUUGGAUACUGCUGACAAUUCAUAUCGAGUGACAUUUGAUCGACCUGGGCUGGGCACUCACUCAAUACCUGACUACGAAGUGUGGAGUGAGGAACCUCCUGACACUAUCUCCAUCUCAUCAUUUCAAGAGAAGCCAAAACGUCAGCCUACCAAACAGACCUUUCACAACGCUCCACCCAAGUUUAUACCUGGCCAUGUUUCACCAAGUUCAUCUUCAUUUCAAACUGGUGGAGAUGUAUCAAUCAGGCCUGCAUAUCCUCCUCCAGAAGGUGCGGAGGCCCAGUCACCUUUCAAAGGAAAACUAGUGAGCCUGGAGGGAGGUACAUAUGGGGGUUUCCCAAUCAAGUUUCUUGUGUUAGUGACACGAUUAUCCAAAAUUCUUCAAGUAAAGAAGGACUGGAUAAACCAGCUAAGUGAUAUGAACACGGCAGCAGAAAAGAAGCGUUCAUUUCAAGAGCCCAUCACUCUAGAGUUCCAAAAGACAUAUGCAGGCAUUGUCUUAGAGCUGGAGAAACUCAACAAGGAUUUGAAUGAGUACCUCAACGGUGUACAAACCUACUGCUUAGAUAUUGCACCAGAACAGGGAGUUGCACCUACAGAACCCCCAUCAGAAAUCCGAAGAAAAUGUGAUGAAGAAGCUGAAGAGACAGUGGCCAGGAUAUGUAGGGGCAUGCUUCAGAAUCGAAGAACAGCAAACAAUGAGCGGGUUCUCAAAUUGGUGGCAGAUUUAACAUCUAUUAUGUUACAAAUCAGGACAUUUUCAGAGAAUGAGAACAGUUCAUUUGAGUUUGGUUCACUCCAGGAGAGUUUGCAGGCCAUCAAAAGUGGAUUAGAUGCAAAUAAUAUUAAUGUUUUCCAGAACAACGUAGAAAUCCACAUCAACCAUAUACAGAGUGGGCUGAGUCAGAUGGGAAACUUGCACGCAUUUGCUGCUUCAAACCGAACCAAGUUAUAA